AUGCCAGCUUCAAACAGAGAUAGAUCUCCAGUGAGAGUAGUAGUUAUAAUUGUAGCUGCCAUUGCUGCAAUUUGUGUGGUGCUUCUUGUCAGCUACUGUGUUUUCAGGAGAAAGAUGAAGUCGGAAGGGGAAAUCGGAGACAGCAUUAAUGAAGGCCAAAAAGAAGAUCUGGAUCUACCUUUGUUUGACUUGGCUACAAUAUCUAAAGCCACUGAUAAUUUUUCAGUGAAGAAGAAACUUGGCGAAGGAGGAUUUGGACCUGUCUACAAGGGAACACUAGAAGAUGGGCAGAACAUUGCUGUGAAGAAGCUGUCAAAGAAUUCAGGACAAGGACUAAACGAGUUCAAGAAUGAAGUGAAAUUGAUAGAAAAACUUCAACACAGGAAUCUUGUAAAGCUUCUUGGUUGUUGCAUUGAAGGCGAAGAAAAAAUAUUGAUUUACGAAUACUUGCUCAAUGGAAGCUUGGAUUCAUUUGUUUUUGAUCAAAAGAAAGGGAAGCUAUUAGAUUGGCCAAAGCGUUUCAACAUCAUAUGCGGAGUUGUCCGGGGACUUCUCUACCUUCAUCAGGAUUCAAGACUGAGAAUAAUUCAUAGGGACCUCAAAGCAAGUAAUGUGUUACUUGAUAAAGAGCUGAACCCAAAAAUCUCCGAUUUUGGAAUGGCUAGAACCUUUGGAGGCGAUGAAAGUGGAGAAACUACAAAGAGAGUUGUUGGAACAUAUGGUUACAUGGCCCCAGAAUAUGCUUUUUAUGGGUUGUUUUCGGUUAAAUCAGAUGUCUUUAGCUUUGGCAUUCUACUUCUGGAGAUAUUAAGUGGUAAGAAGAACCGAGGGUCUGAUCUUCCACAGAGCCAAAAUCUUAUUGGAUAUGCGUGGAGAUUGUGGACAGAAGGCAGGCCACUUGAAUUGAUUGAGUCGUUGCCGGAGGAUACAGCCAUUCAACCAGAAAUGUUAAGAUGCAUCCACAUAGCUCUCUUGUGUGUCCAGCAGUCUCCAGAAGAUAGGCCAACUAUGUCAUCAGUGGUUCUGAUGUUAAAUGGAGAAAGUACACUGCCUCAGCCAAAACACCCUGGUUUUCUGAUAGACUUGAUUCCAGGUGAAACUGUCCCCUCAUCAAGCAAGGAUCCAUAUUCAGUCAAUUAUUUUUCUAUUACAUCGUUGGAAGCUCGCUAA